AUGUCCCGCAGAACAAGAACCCUCCUGCCAGUGGCAACCCGCUUUUUGUAUCCUGAAAUAAGCAAAGGUAUCAAAGAAAGACUGCAAAGAAAAAGACAAAAAGCAAAGAGCAACUUCGACAGAAACGGAAAGUUGCUGCCAGACCUAGACGUUGGUCAAGAAGUCAGAGUUCGGGGUCAGAUAGAUAAAACCUGGGAGUUGGGGAAGUGCCUUGAAAAGUUAUCUGAUAGAUCUUACAUGGUACAAACGAAUGGAGAAAAAGUACGCAGAAACAGAGAAGAGAUCAGAAACAGAGUAGAGGAAAGGAACAGUGCAAAUAAUCCAGAAACAGAAGUGAGCCUGGACGCUGAAAGUGGUCAACACGAGUCAACGGUACCAGUAGAGCCCGAACCUAACGGAUCGCAGAGAAGAAGUUCAAGAUCCAUAACGGCCACACCAGAAUGUAGCGUAAACCAAAGGAGAAGUUCGAGGAUAAUCAAAGUACUGGCUAGAUAUAAAGAUUACGUCUGA